UAGCACACGCUCCAGCGGCAGCACGAGGCAGCGUGGUAUGACAUCCAAGGCGGGCCUCUUCCUGGUGUGCACCACCACCUUAGCUACCCACUUCGCAGCAGCCUGGCAGCACGCCCCCUGCGGCUCGACGACGCCUGGCGCGAAAAUGCUACCCUCCGCUACUGCUACCGUGCCUGGGCGAUCCUGUAGGACCGCAUUGCAAGCAGCAGCGAGCGGGGGCGGUGCCAAGUCUUUGACGGAGACGAUGGCUGAUUCGCUGGCCGAAGCCUUGGGGGUGGGUACCGCUGGCGCAGAGCAGCGGUUUAAGAUCGGAGGGGGUGGGUACGGCGGCGGCGGAGGGGCUUCGGUGGGCACGAUCGACGACCUCGAAACCGGCGACAAGUACUUCUACAAGAAGGCGGGACCCUCCGGUGCCAGCAUGCUGGAGGCUGAGCGAGCAGGCCUUCAGGCCAUGUACGAGGCCAAGGCGAUCCGCGUGCCCCGGCCGAUAUGCGGCGGAGACGGGCCAGGGGGCUGCUUCGCAAUCUUCGAGCACCUGAACAUGGGUGGUAGGGCUUCCGCGGAGAGAGCGGAGCUCAUGGGCGCGCAGCUGGCGCAGAUGCACCGUAGCCUCAGUCCAAACGGCAAGUACGGCUUCCACGUGGACAACACAAUCGGAGCUACCGCGCAGCCGAACGGCUGGAUGGAUUCUUGGGCAGACUUUUGGGUGGAGAGGAGGCUUCUCCACAUGAUCCGUCUGAGCGAGCGGGAAGGGGGCGUUUUUCAGAACGUGGACAAGGUCGUCGAAAAGACGAGAUCCAUCUUGGCGAAGCACGAGGUGCAGCCGUGUCUGGUUCAUGGAGACCUGUGGGGAGGCAACCAAGGGUUUGUGGCGCCAGAAAACGAUCCGGUAAUAUUUGACCCGGCGACCUACUACGGGGAUCGAGAAGUGGACCUCGGGAUGACCCAUGUGUUCGGCGGGUUUCCACCUGCGUUUUACCGAGGGUACGAGAAGGAGUGGCCGUUACCAGAGGGCCACCAGGAGAGGCAGGUGGUGUACAACGUCUACCACAUCUUGAACCACCACGUCUUGUUUGGCGGGGGGUACCUUGGCCAGGCGCAGAGGAUGAUGGGCCAGAUACUCAACAUGUAGCAAACACAAGAAGCGAGGAUGGAAAGGUUGAGAGAUUGAAGUAGUAUGAUACGAAGGCUCUUGUUAUAGCGCCGGGGAAGAGAAGAAAACGGCGGCCUUUUUCUCAUGGCCUUGGGAGUUUGUUGUUUUGAGUUGGCGGCACACGCGCACGUGUAUUCCCCUGCAUAAUUGUGAUAGCUAGCUGCAGUUGGCUCGUCGGGAGGGGGCAGAUUGUUUACUACGGCGCGGGGGCGAGUGCUCUCAUGCCUGCCAAGGUUGUGUGACCAUCCACGAUGCGCCAUCAUCGGCGAUGCGUGCAUCUCUCGUUCCUUUUCAGACGGAGCGAAGCAUCACCGUCCUUACGCUCACAGCCCCCUUCCUAAAGGCGUUCUCUCUGCCUCUGCCGUUUUUGCACAAGAGCUUGUUGUUCGUCUUACGGCCUUGUCCUGGCACGGGCGGGGGGGGGAGAGUUUCACUGGUUACGCAUUCAUAUCUGUCUUAAAAUGAGAUAUUGAACAUGCCUGCUGUGCUACAGUAGUAGGGAGAGGUUAUGUGGCGCCCCUAUGGAGUUUCGUUGAUGGAGUAGGCGUUCGUUGAUGAGGCACUACUCGUAGUUCGUGGAGUGUCGUCCGUGUUUCUUCUUGUGCCAAGGGUAGGAAGGACUACAUGUACCUAUCGUUCCGAAACUGUGUCUUGUCGACUCGCCACGUGGCGUGCGUAGAAGCUAGCUAGCUCGUUGCGGGCUACCCUCUGCGCCACUGCACGGUGUCCUUGUGGGUGGGGUGGUCGAUACGACCAGUCUUCUGUGAACAAAAAAUAGCAUACGUUGUACGGUCUCUGCUCUUGAACGUUCAGGGAGGGUAAUCAUGUACAGUACAUAUAUGGAACACAAUACGUACGUUGGAGACAAGUGUCAGGGUGGUGGUAGUUUUCCUUGGGCGUGCCUUGCCUGUUGUAUGAAUCCUUGUGGGAACAUUUCUUCUGUGGUGUGCUGCCUUCGAUAUCGGCCGAGGGUGUUCGUUUCAAUGGAUUGGCGCCCCUCGAGGGAGAGGCAAGUCGGGGGGGGGAUUGACUAGCUUCAGCCCCAUCACGCGUCAGAGUGCCCCUGGAGGUAAAACAAUUGUCAACCCCGCACAAGUUAUUCGGAGCACAUUCCGCACAGCACAUCAUUGCUUGUACCCCUCGAGUUAUCAGCAUGAUUUCCUGGAUUGUUGGAACCGACGAAAGAAAUGCAAUCCCCUCUCGAGAGUCAACAAGGUCAUUGCAGUGCCCCGGACAGACGGAUGGUACUGAAAGCCAUGGCGAAGGUUUGCCCACCUUGAUCAGGUGCAGUGCCCAUGAACAUAAUUUAAUUCCUCGCGCAGGUGCAUAUAUAUUACACCAGUAGCCAAAAGCACUCCAACUGCCACUCAAUCGUCGCAAGACAAUAAAAAAACGCAAGCGCUCCACUGCUGUGAACCUCAUCAACCUGGUGAUCUUUCUCUUCCAAUUGGAAGGUGAUAUCGCGUACGAAGGUACAACAACAGCAGAGAAGCAAACGCCGCGUGCAACAAACCCGAGAGAUGUUGCGAUUAAAAUGUUGCAGGGAGUGGCGCGCCAGCUGGACGACUCCCUACUUAAUUGGCUCUGCCCCCUUGCAAAUGACAUGUACCGGCCAGAUACCACCCUAACUUGCGGAAUCUCACGCCAUGCAUGAAGGCCCCAAAAAACACGGUUCACCAUGAAUACAACAGAAUGCGAAACACCCGACAGCACAACCGCUGUCCCUUGCCACACACACUCUCCACGCAAAGUCAUGUCUCGGAAACAAGAAAUGCCGAGUCUAAAGACUCCCCACGUGGUUCAUGUCUCCCAAUCAUACUCAUGGUGGGCGCGUUUGCUGAAACACAGAUAACAUAAAAAAAAUCGCGCGCCAAGGAGGAGCAGCCUGCCUGUACUAACGAUACAGCUCUACACCAAGGUCACGAAUGCAAUGUGCCCAUGAAAUGACAACUUACACUUUUAUACCCUACUACCCUUACCAGCCCCCAGCGCGGAGCUGCCGCUCGCUGGGCCGCACCGACCGGUUGGCCUCACCGUCAUCACGGUUUGCAACGUCCAAUCGUUAUCCCUUCUACCCAAGCGUCGAACAUAUUCGUUGGCCUAGUUAUCCCGCACUCCGAUCCACACCACGCGCUUGGUACCGCACACCUCGUUCUUCGCUGCUUCAUUCCCCCAGUGAUAACGCCUCUUUUCGAGACCACCGAAACUACGCAUACAUUACACGGAAAACAACAAAACAGAGAUCGUCGAUGCCGUCUCGAAUUCCAUCGAAGAUUUUCACUUCCAGGAGGACAAAACACACCACCUACAAUACGACAACGAGGGAAGGGCGAGUGUGCGCUUUACUCCCCCCUUACCCCCCUUACUCCGCGCCGCAUCAGGUAUGGGCUGGCUGGCAAGCGUCGCUCAGGUUCUGCCGCGCCUCUGCCCCUUCUCCUGUCGUAGCUACCAUACAAGUUAUCUACGUACUCGCCUUAUUUUUUCGUGGUGAUCUUUGUACAACCCCAAGGGAGGCGUGGUAGGUGUGCCCCGUCAGCUCGCCUACAAAUUUCCGCUCCCCAGGGGGUUGCCAUUUUUCUUCUUUCCCUCACCUGACUUCAUCUGUACCACCACUACUCGCCCCCCC